AUGAGACUCAGCUUCACCAGAAUCGCAGCAGCCACGCUCGCCAUCCUCUCCAACAGCGGCGCCGUCCUCGCCUCGCCCGCCCCCGACGUGGCUCCGGUCCCCCUCCCCUCCCCCGUCACUCCCUUGCCCCCCGUUCCCCCGACUGAGCUGCCCAAGGCCGACCUCUGCUGCUGCAACACCAAGAACUGGGAGUGGCAGUGCAAGGUGCCCCACGUGUUCGGCGGCAGUCCGGACCCCCCAUGCACCAAGGCACUGUGCCCCUGGAACCCCAAGAAGGAGAAGCAGUGCUGCUGUUGCAUGCCCGGUCCCGGUUGGAACGUUCAGUGCAGAAGAACCCCCAUCAACGAGCCGUGCAUCUGCCUGGCCAUCUACUGCGGCAUUGCAUUCGACGAGACGUGGUUGCCUGGAUAUCCUGGGCUUCCUAAGCCCCCUAUUGGUAACCCGUUGCCUGUGGAUGGGGCUUGA